UUUCUUCGCAGACGUAUCUGUCCGUCCAGUUUUUUAUGUCACUGCUGAGUUGACCAUAGUUGCGGGUGACCAUAUCUGGAUGGGGAUUGUAUCCGACUCGACUGAUUGACAUGCGGUUGCAAUGGCUCUUAUAGGUUUCGUACUCUUCAGCGGUCAGGUGUACCGAGGGCUUUCUGGACAACUGACUGCCAUCAACUGCUUUUGUCUCAGAGGGUGGAUCAGAUGGAACUUCAUCCUUUGGGGACUGAGCAAUGCGCCGUUUCUAUAUGAGGACCAGACGUGAGUAGGGUGGUAGAUGAGCGAGGAGGGAACUGACAACCUUUGCUUUACUCUUCUGGCCUCGUGUGUUCACCAUGAUGCUCAGAGUUGAUGAAGAUGGGAUGUGAGUAUGAUCAUAAAUGUGGGAAGGAAAGAGAUGGGGAGAAACAAAGAGGAAGAGGGGGAUUGCCUCUCAUCCCCAUGACUUGGUCUUUGUCUUGUCUCUCAGCCUACAAACACCAAUCACAACCAUCACAACAGCAAACGACAACUACAACUACAACCCCAACCAGCUCAAGUCUAGUCGUUGGAAUUGAUUUUGGAGCCAGCAAGACAGUGGUCUCCUACCGACAGUCUGGCGAACGUACCAUAUACCCCCGCCCUUUUUGCCUCCAUGGAAGCUCUAUGAUCCCAACGGCGAUUGCAUACACCUCAAAAAAGCCAUACGCUAUUGGCCAGCUUGCCCAAAAGGAUCCGAACUGUGUCUAUUGGCUCAAACAUAUAUUGCAUGAAUCAUGUAUUGUGGAUGAGCCCGAUGACACAAUGAUCCAGGGUCUCGUCAAGCAGGCACGGGAACGACUACCUACGAAGCAGCAAGAAACCCCGUAUCUAGUCGUGGUAGACUUCCUAGGUAUGCUGCUACAGUACUUCCGGGCUGAAUUGGAAGAUUUUCCUCAUCUCAAGAACCUACCACGAGUCUACACUUUUACAAUUCCGGCUACCUGGUCAGAAAAUACCCGCAUGACGAUGAAGAAGGUGGCUCAUCUAGCAGGCUUUGGUCAUCAGAAUGCCAAAGUCUGCUUUAUCACCGAAGCUGAGGCUGUUGCAGUCUACGCAGCCAAUGAAAUAGGAUCUGACAUGGGUCAGUUCAGCCUGGAAAAUGAAGGGGCAAUUGUUUGCGAUUGCGGCGGAAGUACGAUAGACUUGACGGCCUUUCAUGUCGAACAGACAAACCCUUCCUUUGAGUACCAGAGGCUAACAGCAUAUACCAGUAAAGCCUGGGGGGCAGUUCAGCUUCAGUGUUUAGCCUAUCAUAGAGUGCUGCAGCGUCAAACAAAUCGCAGCUCGAGAAGAGAGGGUCUUCGGUUUAUUGAUGUCCCCUUCACCCAAUGGGCCCCGGGGGCUUUCCCGUAUGGUCCUAUAUCUCUGAUGGACCCGGGUCGCGUAGGCAUCCCCCUAGCAGUAGCCAACGAGGUUUACAAGGAACUUGUCACAAAGAUUGUCGGCUACAUAAAACAGCAAAUCGAUUGCGCGAGCGUUUAUGUCGGCGGCGACUUGAUUAAAAAAGUACUUCUAGUUGGGGGUCUAACCCAGUCUCCCGAAUUUUCGGACAUAAUCUGAAACACCCUCGAACGAGAUCUCAACGUCAAGGUCUAUCAGCCGAGUGAUCCGGACCAUCGAG